AUGAGGGACUUGUUUUUGCAGAAGAGAUAUUCCCUGAUUGUACAGCUGCCUUCCUUUAUCUCUCCGAAUUGUGAGGCAAGAACAAAUAAAGGAUUACAACAAAUUGGGUAUUCUCUUGUCAGAACAAGAUCUGGCAGCCCAGAGAGGACUAGCUCUGUAAGAGAAGCAAUUAAUUUGUUUGGAGAAAAGAUGGAAUUGGCUACAAAAAGGGCAAGAGAGAUCCAUGUUGCGAAAAUGGAUAUAGGCAGAUUGUGCGAAAAUAAGAAGUGUGCUGAAGAUGACAAGGCCAGAGCAGAAUCAGAAUUGUAUAUGGCCAGGGGAUGGCAAUGA